AUGUAUAGGCCUAAGAGCAAGCAUGAAUGGAUAUUUUGUGGGAUAUUGGGCGCUCAGGCGCUCAUAAUUCUCGCCAUUGAGGCAUUUAUCCUUGCUGAAUGGCAAUUAUGGGUUCAUCCGAACAUCAUUCAAAUCACCGCCUCAUACAUUGUUCCCGUUGAAUCGGCGAUCAUGUUUUUCGCUUGCAUUUAUGUCUUCUUUCUGUCGCUCGAUGCUGUCCAUCACAGAAAUAACAUGUUGCUAUUGGCAAUCUGCGUGAGCAAUGCGUGUGCCCUGGCAUUCUCGAUCUUGCUAUACAGGAACAUGAAGGAAACCAUCAACGAAAUGCCAAGUCAACGAGACGGCAUGAACCAACCUCUUGUCGACCCAGAGAGAAAUAUAUGGACUUUGAUCCAGGGAUUCCAGAUCGCAUCACCAAUUUUCAUUGGACUUUGUACUCUUGCUACUUGGGCUUCGGCUUUUCAAUUGCAAAAGGAGUACGCCUGGGCCAUCUAUCGAAGUGUCCAGGGUGAUUCGGAUACAAGAUCGCGGUACCUAACUUACGAGAUCUACCUCGUUCUAAACAAAAUCGCUGUUUUCUUCAUUAUUUGUUUUGUUCUGCAAUAUGGCCUGAUCGACGUGCACUUUGAACAGCCCGAAUUCGGGUUGACCAUGGGUCUAUUGCCAGUUACACUCCUCUUAAUGAUCCUUGGGUUCUAUGUCGUUCGAUUGGAGCGUAAGUUUCUCAUGACCUUCGUCAUUGUUUGUUAUCUCGCAAUGAUCGCGUAUCUACUCAGCCGAAUCAUCAUUCUCUAUGGGCACGGCAUACGGGCCAAUACGGCUGGGAAGGAUAUGAUGUUGCUCUUUGCAAUUACGGCCUUGGUACUUCUUGUCCUUACUCUUGUCUGUUCGAUUCGCUGUUUCGUCAAUUUCGGACACGGGUUGAAGCCGAUUAUUGCUGGAAAAGACGAAAAAGUCCGAGACUCCUUUCACUUUCACAGUAUUGGGGGUCAUGCACCUUUUCCAAUCGAGCACACAAAUGGUCGUUUAUCUCUUGCUUAG